UUCUCAGCCCUCCACCAUGCUGCUCUGACCGGAACUACAGACCUGCUGUCUGUGCUGUUGGAGGCUCAGGCCACUGUGGACAUCAAGGACAGGAACGGUGAGACACACAGCACUAUCUAUCACCUGCUCUCAGAUCAGCUAGCAAAACAGCUAACCACAGGCCUCAGUGAAAGACAUAGCACUGCUCUCAGAUCAGCUAGCAAAACAGCUAACCACAGGCCUCAGUGAAAGACAUAGCACUAUCACUGCUCUCAGAUCAGCUAGCAAAACAGCUAACACAGGCCUCCGUGAGAGACAGAGCACUAUCACUGCUCUCAGAUCAGCUAGCAAAACAGCUAACACAGGUCUCAGUGAGAUCAUCUCAGUCAGCACAGAUAUUAUCUCUGAUGUUUUCUAUCAGUGGCACACAUUGUCUUGAGAUUCCAUGUUAGCUGGUACAUCCAGAUCUCAGACCAGUUAGCAACAUGUGCCUCAGUACAAACAGACUCGCCUUUAAUGAUUAUUAUCUGUGAUGUUUUUAUUAGUGACUCACACAUUGUUCUACAGUGCCUUGCAAAAGUAUUCAGCCCCCUUGGCGUUGUUCCUGUUUUUUUUGCAUUACAACCUGUAAUUUAAAUUGAUUUUUAUUUGGAUUUCAUGUAAUGGACAUUAGUCCAAAUUGGUGAAGUGAAAUAAAAAAAUACAAAUAAUUGUUUCAAAAGAUUCAAAAAAUAAAAUAAUGGAAAAGUGGUGCGUGCAUAUGUAUAAACCCCCUUUGCUAUGAAGCCCCUUAAUAAGAUCUGGUGUAACCAAUUACCUUCAGAAGUCACAUAAUUAGUUAAAUAAAGUCCACCUGUGUGCAAUCUAAGUGUCACAUGAUCUGUCACAUGAUCUCAGUAUAUAUACACCUGUUCUGAAAGGCCCCAGAGUCGGCAACACCACUAAGCAAGGGGCACCACCAAGCAAGCGGCACCAUGAAGACCAAGGAGCUCUCCAAAUAGGUCAGGGACAAAGUUGUGGAGAAGUACCGAUCAGGGUUGGGUUAUAAAAAAAUAUCUGAAACUUUGAACAUCCCACGGAGCACCAUUUAAAUCCAUUAUUAAAAAAUUGAAAGAAUAUGGCACCACAACAAACCUGCCAAGAGAGGGCCGCCCACCAAAACUCACGGCUCAGGCAAGGAGGGCAUUAAUCCGAGAGGCAACAAAGAGACCAAAGAUAACCCUGAAGGAGCUGCAAAGCUCCACAGCGGAGAUUGGAGUAUCUGUCCGUAGGACCACUUUUAGCCGUACACUCCACAGAGCUGGGCUUUACAGAAGAGUGGCCAGAAAAAAAGCCAUUGCUUAAAGAAAAAAAGAAGCAAACACGUUUGGUGUUCGCCAAAAGGCAUGUGGGAGACUCCCCAAACAUAUGGAAGAAGGUACUCUGGUCAGAUGAGACUAAAAUUGAGCUUUUUGGCCAUCAAGGAAAACGCUAUGUCUGGCGCAAACCCAACACCUCUCAUCACCCCGAGAACAUCAUCCCCACAGUGAAGCAUGGUGGUGGCUGCAUCAUGCUGUGGGGAUGUUUUUCAUCAGCAGGGACUGAGAAACUGGUCAGAAUUGAAGGAAUGAUGGAUGGCGCUAAAUACAGGGAAAUUCUUGAGGGAAACCUGUUUCAGUCUUCCAGAGAUUUGAGACUGGGAGGGAGGUUCACUUUCCAGCAGGACAAUGACCCUAAGCAUACUGCUAAAGCAACACUUGAGUGGUUUAAGGGGAAACAUUUAAAUGUCAAAGCCCAGACCUCAAUCCAAUUGAGAAUCUGUGGUAUGACUUAAAGAUUGCUGUACACCAGUGGAACCCAUCCAACUUGAAGGAGCUGGAGCAGUUUUGCCUUGAAGAAUGGGCAAAAAUCCCAGUGGCUAGAUGUGCCAAGCUUAUAGAGACAUACCACAAGAGACUUGCAGCUGUAAUUGCUGCAAAAGGUGGCUCUACAAAGUAUUGACUUUGGGGGGGUGAAUAGUUAUGCACGCUCAAGUUUUCUGUUUUUUUUGUCUUAUUUCUUGUUUGUUUCACAAAAAAAUAUGUUUUGCAUCUUCAAAUUGGUAGGCAUGUUAUGUAAAUCAAAUUAUACAAACCCCCCAAAAAUCCAUUUUAAUUCCAGGUUGUAGGCAACAAAAUAGGAAAAAUGCCAAGGGGGGGUGAAUACCUUUGCAAGCCACUCUAUCUGUGGAACACAUUGUCUUGUGAUUCUACUGUAUAUCAGCUGGUACAUUCUAUUAGUUCCAUCUGUGGCACACAUUGUCUUGUGAUUUAAUAUCAGCUUUCAUAUGGAUAACCCAAAAAUAUCUACCGGUACUUCUGUCUGUCACUCACUGUCUGUCUGUCUCUAUUGUGUGUGUUUAUAUGUGUACUGUAUAUGACCAGAGAUGUCCUGUGUGCUGCCUCCUGCAGGUAUGCGUCCGCUCCACUAUGCAGCGUGGCAGGGUAAGGCUGACUCUGUUCUUACGCUGCUGAGGGCCGGAGCUGGAGUCAAUGGGGUCUCACAGGAUGGACACAUCCCCCUGCACCUGGCCGCACAGUACGGACACUAUGAUGUGGUCAGUACACACACACAACACACAACACACAACACACACAUACUGAGACAGACAGACAGACACACACACACACACACACACACACACACACACACACACACACACACAACAGGCAUGACACUACACACAGCAAUCGUUAUGCACUGUCAACAAAUAUCCCCAUUCCGCUGGAUUGGGUUUAAUGUAUGGUGUGUCUGUCCACAAGGCUUACACUGACACUGGGUUACUGUGGGUGACUUAUCUGAGAUUUAGAUGUGUGUGGUCAUGUUUGGUCAGUCCACUUAAGUCUUAAACAGUAAACAAAACUGUCAGCAAAUCACAGCCAUAGCCCCAAAACAGAUGUGACAUGGCAGGGAUAGAGUAGGAUGGGUGGUGUUUGGUGGUACAGGCAUUUAAGGGAUUGAGGGGGUACGGAGCAAGCAGGAAGAGGAGAGGGAUGUUGGUGUGAUUGGAUUGGAGAGGGAUAAAAGGGAGAGAGAAGCACGAGGCAGGAUGAGGAGGAUUGGAUUUGUAGGGAUUGAGGGGGUAAUGAUGGGGGGGGGGGGGGGGGGAUCCGGGGUGAUCAGGUUUAGGGGGGAUUAGGGACCUUGUCUUUGUUACCAACAUCACCCCCCCUCACCUCACCCCCUGUAGUGCUGAGCGAUAAGUGAUAAGUGCUUUUUGAGGUCGGUUCAGUUUCGGUUCGAUUAUUUAAAAAAUGUCAUGGUUUUCGCUGUAACAACACAGAAUAAAACAAUUAAUAAAAGUCCCAUGAUGGUAGUGACUGCCCAUUACUGCUUAUCAUCUUUUAACCAUCAUUUAUUCACAUUACUUGAAUAAAAUAUUUCAGAUGUGUAUAUUUACAUUUGUUUUAUUUUAUAACUUUAUUAUUUCAUUCCAAGUCAUCUCAUCUCUAUAGAACUGCUGCCUAUGCUGUCUGACAAAAUCACUAUUUUAAUAGUUCUUCAAAGUAAAUAAGGCAUACUGUUAUGACUGCUGAAUACCAACUAUCAAUCACUUAGAUAAUGUAUUUUCAGGUAGAGAGACCUCACGCAACUGCUCUCUAUCCCUCUCAAUCGCGUGUUCUUCUGUCUCUUCUCUCCCUCUCUGUGUAUGCACCACACAGACCGGACAAGGAGGCAUGCAAUGGAUUAUGGUCAUUGUAGUUAAUUACCAGGUUUUCUGCGCUAAACUAUUUAGAAUAUUGGCCUGUUGGAAACUACAACUCCCUACUACAUCGCACAGUUCGGCCUUGAUCUGAUUUAUCUCUAGAGAAACUGCGCAUUGAGCGCAAAGAAAAAAAACGAACGAAAUGGAAUUCAAAUAAUUGAACCGAUGUUGGUCAAUUAGUUGUUUCAAAACAGAAAAAGAACUGAAGUUUGGUUAAUUGCUCAGCACUACCCCCCUGUCUUACCAGCAGGCCAGAUGUGUAGAGUGAUGUAAGGGGAUGUUGUCACUCUCUAACAAUACAUCUACAUGAUGAAAGGACUGUGUGUGUAGGUAUAGAGCUCUAUAAGACACCACUUGGGAAAUAGAUCAGGAACUAGCCUACAAACAUGUUGUCAUGAUGUGUUUUUGUUAUGCAACAUGAAUUGAUUUGUAGGCCUUUAAGGACCACAGUUUGUGUGAAAAGCCUUUAUCUCCACAGACCAUAAAGUCCCAUUUGAUUGUAACAGCCUCCGGUCCUCUAGUCUACUCUGUAUUCCCAGAGCAGAAUGACUGUCUGUUUUCACCAAAUACUAUGUGUCCUUGGAUACGGCAGGCAGCACCAGGUGCUGAUAGAAACAUCUGCCAUCAUCUCCCUAGCUAUGUGUGUUGUAAUACUAUCUGCAUGACCACAUCCACAUAACAUAGCCUACACCCCUGAUGGCCCCGGUGACAGUGUGUAUGUGUAUACGGUAUUUGAUCUUGGUUAUGUGUGUAAUGGUGUGUGUGCUGUGCUGUGCUGUGCGUGCCAUAGUAUGCGUGCCUCUGGUGGCAUGUUUCCAUGAAUGUGUAUGUGUAUGUUAAUAUUUGUGUGUUUGAUUCCCUGUUUGUCUGUUUUUCUCAGUCUAAGAUGCUGCUGCAGCACCGUGUGUAUGAUUGCAUGUAUAGUGUGUAUAUGCCUGUGUGUGUGUGUGUGUGUGUUUAUAUUUGUGUGUGUUGAUCCCCUGUCUGUUUGUCUGUCUGUGUCUCUCUCAGUCUGAGAUGCUGAUGCAGCACCAGUCCAACCCCUGUCUGAUCAACAAAACCAAGAAGACCCCCCUAGACCUGGCCUGUGAGUUCGGUAGAGUCAAGGUAAGACUGUAUUUGUGUUUUUCCUCCCCCACCACUGGCCCAGGCUCACAGAGACAUACAGGGGGGCUGCAGCCUGCUGUGAGAGUGUAACUGAUGUAACUCUGUCAUGGCCUGUGUUAGUCUGGACAGACACAGUGGUCACAGCUGGACAAAUACAACCCCUCUGGAGCUGGGAUGGGCUGCAUUGUUACAACUGCUCCUCUUCCAUCAAAUACAUCUCAGUUCUGCACUCUUUACUUUCAGUCUCUCUCUCUCAUCCUUGAGCAUGCUGAUUCUCUUACUAGAACACAUUUACUUCUCUCUCUCUCUCUCUCUCCAUUUCUCUCUCUCACUCUCUCUCCAUUUCUCUCUCUUUCUCUCUCCCUGGAACACAGUUGUUCUCACUCAAUCACACCAACUUCCUCCCUCGCGCUUCCUUCUUCUCACUUACACAUUCAUACGCUCAUUUUGUCACACUCUCUCCAUCUCAAAUGUACAUUCGGUCGCUAUGACUUAAUGGUCAAUUGGGCAGUUUAGGCCUGCAUCAUUAAACCAAUUUGACUAUUUCAGAAACAACUCUCUCCCUUACCGCACAAUAGCUUUGUAUGUGAAUUUGUCAGUUCCAAUAGCCCUUCAAACACCACCAAGCCAAUGUGAGUGUAUUUCAAACUCUGUGCGCUGCCUAAAUCAACGUCCCUGGUCUCAAAUAGUGCUGCAGCAGCGUUUAGUUUGGAUAGGACAGUGUGAAGCCGAACCAAGCCAGGGUGAAGUAAUAGUACGCACACAAACACACACACACACACACACACACACACACACACACAGGCACACACACACACACACACAUUAUGAACGCUGCUUUCCUCUUAUGCUGGGCUGGAAAAUCCCCUCGUCUUUCAUUCUUAUUUAUCUGGAUGUGGGCUGGAGAGGAAGUAUUGGCAGGUCUGUAGCUCCUGUUACUGAAAGGUUUGCUGGGCAGCUUUGUUUGUGCUUGUGUGUUUGUUGAAUGAGACUUGAGAGAGUUAGCCUGUAACUACUGUCCCCCAGGAUUGAUUUAGAAUGGGAUAUCUUUAGAAUGCUGACACUGGCUCAACUGUGGAAUGACCUGUGUGUGUGGAGUGUGUGUGUGGGGAGUGUAGUGUGUGUGUGUGUGUGUGUGUGUGUGGAAUGGAGUGUAGUGUGUGUGUGGAGUGUAGUGUGUGUGUGUGGAAUGUAGUGUGUGGGGAGUGUAGUGUGUGUGUGUGGAGUGUAGUGUGUGUGGGUGUGUUUUGGGCAUGUUUGGAUAUGCUGUUGGGUCCAAGGUGUGCAAGGCCCUCCCAAACAUCUCCCCUCCACUCUUCCUUUCGGUCCCUUUUCCUCUCUGCCCUGUGGUCCUUCCUCUCUUCCUAAAGGUCUUGGGGGGGCCAGGGGGGAGAACAAGUGGGCAGAAACGAACUAAGGUUUAACUGGGUGUUGUGGGUGAAGACUGGGGAGGUAGCUUAUCACUUGGUAACCCCCCCAGAUAUUUUGGGGGGUAUUUAUGUAAUCCCUAGAAUCCUGGUUUUUUAAUUUUGGGUUUCUUUGUGUGUGCAUUUAUUUUGGUUUCAGGGGUUUGUACGGAAGGGGGGGCUGUUAUAUUCUCUUUUCUUGGUUCCCUCGCCUUUCCUCAUUUCCCGUCCCCUCUCUCUUUCCACAUUUUCAUCCUCUCAUUCCACUCCUAACAUAUAUAUAUAUACUAGCUAUGUACUAUAUCCUUGUUUAUUUUAUCUCCCAUCUAUCUAUUUUAUUUUGAUGUACUAUCCUAUUUGUUUUCCUCUGUCUCUUCCUUUUUAUAUCCUCUCUCUUCUUUUCUUUUUAUUUAUAUUCUUUUAUUAUAUUCUCUCUCUCUUCUCUCUACUCUCUCUCAUAUCUAUUCUCUAUUAUUCUUUUGUAUUUUCUUAUCUCUCUUGUCUCUCUCUUUAUGUCUUUCUGUCUCUCAUCUCUUUGUAUUCAAAUUAUUUAUCUUUAAAAUUAUCUAUCUAUCUUCUUUUUAUCUCUCUCUCUCUCUCUGUCUUAUCUGUCUCUCUCCUCUUGUCUCUCUCUCUCGGUCUGUCUCUGGUCUCUCUCCUCUCUCUCUCUCCUCUCCUGGUCUUUCUGUGUCUCUCUUUUGUCUCUCUCUCUCUUUUCUCCUGUCUCUCUCUCUCUCUCAUCUCUCUCUACUCUUCUCUCCUCUCUCUCUCUCUGUUCUUCAAUUUCCCUUUCUCCUCUCUUCUGUCUCCAUGGCUUUAUUACUUUCUUGACCUCCUCACUCCACUCCUCCUCUCAGGUUGCUCAGCUGUUGUUGAGCAGUAACAUGGUGGUGGCUCUGUUAGAGGGUGAUAGGAAGGAACCUACAGACUCCGGCUUCAACACGCCGCUGCACCUCGCCGCACGCAACGGACACAAGGACAUCAUCCGGUAAGAUACUUUCUAUUGUUUUUCACAAUCUGAACUUGAGAAAUGUAUGCAAAACUCGUAUUGUGUAUUAAGUGUUGUAUAAAUCAUGCGUUGAUGUCAAUGAAAGAUUUUCAGAAAAGUUUUAAUGCAGAUUUGUGUACAUGUUUCUCAGGCUCGGAUUCAGCCCAUACUGAUUUGUGUGUACAUUGAUAGAUUGAUAUUUUCUUAUGGGACUUAUUCCUCUGCCUGUCAUUACCUGUCAUUUUUCCCAUACUAAAUGAAAGGCUAUGAUUGGUCAUGGUUGGUCAGUGCAGGUCUGUGUGAUUGAACACCUCCUCUGAGGUGUAGAGGUGGACAGGGGUCUGACAGGGUUAACACAGUCACUGAUCUCGAACUGGUGUGCUGGGAGACUCAACAGGACAGUAAAUGGUUCCCAUGGGUCUACCCUCUGCCCCUCCUCCUCCUCCUCCUUCCUCAUCCCUCUUCCUCUCCACUGUACUAUGGACAAGACAAGAACCAUCAGACAUGGCUCUGUCUCCACACCCUCACUCUGGAAUACUGUGGUGUGUGUGUUCGCUCUCUCAAGUGGAUCUAGCCAUAUAUUUCCUCAACACUGACUCUUAGUACCCCAAUCUCUGAUCUGACUAGCUGGGAGGCUAUAAAACAGCCUGUCCAAUGUCUACUCCACCAGGGGCCACAGCCCCAAUCCCCUAGUACCUCCAUGGAGACCUACAUCAGAGUCUGUCUGUCUGGCACAGUCCAGAACCAGACACCCAGCUCACCCUGAGCCCUGCCAGAGAGAAGAGGAGGAGGAGGGGGUUCUACUCUACAGCCCUGUUCCCAUGUUUCACUGACAGCUGCAGCAGUCUGUCACUAGCCUGAGAGAGAGAGAGAGAUAGAUAUGCAGAAAGAGACAUUGGAGAGAAACCGAGAGAGAGAUUGAGAGGGAGGCUCUAUGGUGUGAGGCUGCAGUGCUGCCAAUGUGACCCAGAUCUGCCAGUGAGAUGUGGCUGCUGAUCUAUCAGUAGUAGUUGGGACCAGACAGUUAACACUAGAACUGCUGGGUCUCGAUGGACCCCACCUUCAAGCUAAUGAGCAGUCAUUCUGACUGCAACAUUCUAACAGUGUCAUUUAUAUAUUGAAUAUAUGCUAUCGCAAAAAUAAUCAUUUGGUUGUGUUUAUGAAGGCCUUGGGUAACAUCAGAAUAUGAUUUUUAUUUUAUUUCAAAUAACACAAUAGCAUUUUCAUUAGUUUGUUACUGUAGGAUAUACGAAAAAAAGAAGAAGAACGCCAAAAUUCAAGUGUUCAAGAAAUGUUCUUAUUGGAGUUCCUUUGUUACAACUAUGAAACAGAAAGUAUAUGUGUUGGAACACGGUAACAGCUUCUUUUUAUAACUGCAAAAUAAAAAUACCCCAACCACCAAUACGCACGGUCAAAUGAUGAAAACAUCAGUAGCCUAAACAUCAUUAUAGCGUGAAGUGGCCUUGAUAAAUAAUGAAACUCGGUGCAAAAGCAAUAAUGGCAUUAUAAUGGAUAAAAGUGUCGAUAUGACAGCAGUCAAAAAUAGUUAAUUAUUGUCAGCUCAUGUUUACAUUGUGUGCAUUUCAAAGCAAUGGAUCAGUUGGAAAUUUCAUGUUAAAGGUUAUCCCUUGUCCUAACAGUUUGGGUUUCAUUAGUGUUUUUGGCCUGUAUACCUUGUCCUAACAGGGUUUUGGAUUUUUCAGUUGGGGGGGUUUUUGACCCUUUUUCAUAAAGGGAUUCAUUUGUUAUCCUUUGUCCUAACAGUUGGAUUUCUUUUAGUGUUACCCCUUGCCCUAACAUUGGAUUCUUUAGCUGCCCCUUGCCAAAACAUUUGGAUUUAUUUGCGUACCCCCUUUGUCCAAAAAGUUGGAUUUCUUUUUAGCUGUUACCCUUUUGCCCUAACAGUUGGAUUUCAUUUAGCUGUUAUCAAUUGUCUAACAGUUGGAUUUCAUUUAGCUGGUAUCCAUGCCUAACAGUUGGAUUUCAUUAGCUGUUAAUCCAUGUCAUAACAGUUGGAUUCAUUUAGCUUUAUACCUUGUCCUAACAGUUGGAUUUUCAGUAGCUGUUAUCCCUUGUCCUAACAGUUGGAUUUAUUUAGUGGUAUCAUUGUUCCUAAAAGUUGGAUUUCAUUAGCUGUUAUCCAUUGUCCAACAGUUGGUUUCCAUUUAGCUGUUAUCCAUUGUCCUAACAGUGGGAUUAAUUUAGCUGUUAGCCAUGUCUAACAGUUGGAUUCAUUUAGUGUUAUCAUUGUCCAAACAGUUGGAUUUCAUUUAAGCUGUAUCCCUUGUCUAACAGUUGGAUUUCCAUUUAGCUGUUAUCAUGUCCUAACUAACAGUUGGAUUUCAGUUAGCUGUUAUCCCUUGUCCUAAACAGUUGGAUUAUUUAGCUGUAUUCCAUUGUCCUAAACAGUUGGCUUUCAUUAGCGGUUUGCCAUUGUACUAAACAGUGGAUUUCAUUUAGGCUGUUAUCCAUUGUCGUAACAGUUGGAUUUCAUUGAGCUGUUAACCAUUGUCCUAUACAGUUGGAUUUCAUUUUAGCUGUUAUCCAAUGUGUUCCUAACAGGUGGAGGUUUCAUUUAGCUUGUUAUCCAUUGUCCUAACAGUUGGAUUUCAUUUAGCUGUUAUCCCUUGUCCUAACGUUUGAUUUCAUUUAGCUGUUAUCCAUUUGUCCAUAACAGUUUGGAUUGUCAUUUAGCUGUUAUCCAUUGUCCUAACAGUUGGAUUUCAUUUAGCUGUUAUCCAUUGUCCUAACAGUUGGAUUUCAUUUAGCUGUUAUCCAUUGUCCUAACAGUUGGAUUUCAUUUAGCUGUUAUCCAUUGUCCUAACAGUUGGACACAAAUCUUCAUAACUUUCACUUGCUUGACACACUCUGACAUACCUUUGUUUGGUUGUAGUGCAUAAAGUCUCCAGUUUUCUCUUUGUGUUCCCGUUGUCUUGUCAUUCUUCAGCACCGUUGUGGAGUACAACAGCUGUGCAGGUGCCUUAUUUUGUGCAGAGGGAGGGAGCUCCCGUCUCACUUUGUUCAUGGUGCAGGCCAGACUUGUUUUCUUUACAAGCAAAUUGUUCGCCAAUGACAGUGAAGUUAAGAAAUUGUCCAUGGUGACAUUUCUCCCCUUGCUAAUGUAAGGUCUCCGACACUCACUCACCUGCUGCCCGAUGUAGAUAUUUUCCCAGAUAUUGAAAUCUGUUCAGCAUGUGCAAUUCCGCAUGUUCUCACUGUGUAGCCUACUUCAAGUAGGCCAGAGUAGACUGAUAAGACUGCUUUGAUUCAGUGGAAUGAUUUAGGGUGCAUACCAUUUGAAGAUUAUAAUUAGAAUGGAUCAAUACAAUAGAAUGGCUCACAAUUGGUGAUUACAUAAUUAUGCAUUGUUCGCUUCCCCUUGCUCAUCAAAUCAAAUUGUAUUUGUCACAUGCGCCGAAUACAACAGGUGUAGACCUUACAGUGAAAUGCAUACUGACAAGCCCACUCAAAUCACCCAUUCUCCCCCUUUUCUCCACAUCAAUCCUUUAUUUAAUUUAUUUUAUUGGUUGUUAUAUGUGUGAAAUUAGUUUCGGUAUUAGUUUAGGUUCAGUUUCGAGGCAGUUAUUGAGGUGAUUAUCAGCUGGGCACUGCACUUUCAACUGUCGGAAGAAGGAGUGGAGCAGGCCCUACUGUCAGUAGAAGGAGUGGAGCAGGCCCUACUGUCAGUAGAAGGAGUGGAGCAGGCCCUACUGUCAGUAGAAGGAGUGGAGCAGGCCCUACUGUCAGUAGAAGGAGUGGAGCAGGCCCUACUGUCGGGAGAAGGAGUGGAGCAGGCCCUACUGUCGGGAGAAGGAGUGGAGAAGGCCCUACUGUCGGGAGAAGGAGUGGAGCAGGCCCUACUGUCAGUAGAAGGAGUGGAGCAGGCCCUACUGUCGGGAGAAGGAGUGGAGCAGGCCCUACUGUCGGGAGAAGGAGGGAAAACAAUUUUUUAAAAUGACAUGCCCUCCUAAAUGUGGUUCUAACUCCAGUUCUGUUUGUGAUAUGAAGAUUCUAGCACAGACAGUGUGAUAGAUAUACUUAUUUAGGAAAAGUCAAGGAUGGAGGGGAGCAUGACUUAAAUGGCAGGUUUAAUAAAUAAAUACAAUUAAUGAGCAGUCAAAAUGACUGUUUUAGCAGUUUUAGUGUUAAGGAGUCCUACACACCUCCCUGGUCCAAACCACCUUACCAAAGGAACAGUCAAGGCUUUCAUUGGCUUCCAAUUCGUAAGUCGCUCUGGAUAAGAGCGUCUGCUAAAUGAUGUAAAUGUAAUUGAUAUUGAAAGACAGAAACUGUGUAUUCAACCACGGCACAAUGAUUUCUGGGAUCCAGUCUAUAGUGGCCAUAUGUCUUAAUAACAAUGCCCUGUGGUCCAAUCACACGGUUAUGUUACCACAAUACAUGCUGUAACCUGUCCCAUGGUUCUACCACUUUGGCCUCGCAUAGACAUCCAUGUAAUAGAGGUAUGAAAUGGGGGAUAUGAACAAUGUGCUAUUGAGUCAGUGCAGCCCCAAAGGAGGAGAGGAGAACAGGAUAGGUCUCUCUCUCUCUCUUUCAGCACCCAGCCAAACCAGAGGGACAGAGAGACUUUGAUGAGCCUGCCCUCCUUUGUGUUUCUAAGGUGAAAUGAAACGAGCACACUGACCCAGAGCUUAGCAGCCGCAGGGCAGAGAGAGGGAGAGAGAGGUAGAGAGAUGGGGAGAGGGAAGAGAUAUGCAGCUGAAGCACAGUAUCUGUAACAGGAUGAGAAUAAUGAAGUUCAAGUAAGGGAGGUGUAUUCUUCCUCUCCCUGUUUCUAUAUCUCUGUCUGUCUCUCUGUCUCUCUCUUUCUCUCUCUGUCUCUCUCUUUCUCUGUCUCUCUGUCUCUCUCUUUCUCUCUCUGUCUCUCUGUCUCUCUCUUUCUCUGUCUCUCUAUUCUCAGGUCUCUUUUCUUCUUCUGUCUCUCUGUCUCUCUGUUCUCUAAUGUCUCUCUUAUUCUCGGUCUGUCUCUCGCUUUCUCUAUUCUCUCUGUCUCUCUUGUCUCUCUCUGUCUCUAUGUCUCUCUCUGUCUCUAUGUAUCUCUCUGUUCUAUCUGUCUCUCUGUCUCUCUGUCUCGAGUGUCUCUCGUCUCUCUCUGUCUUCCUCUCGUGCUCUUUAUCUCUGUCUAUGUAUCUCUCGUGAUGGUCUCUCUCUCUGUUAUUCUCGCUCUCUCUCCUCACUCUAUGCUAGUACCUCGUCUCGAGACGCGACUCUCAUCGAGCUCUCAACUCUCUCUCUCCUCGCCUCUCUCAUCUCUGCUCUCGCUCUCUCUAUUCUCUCUAAUCUCUCUCUCUCUCUCUAUCUGCCUCAUUCUCUCUGCUCUUUCCGUCUGUCCCAGACGGCUCCUUCCCAGGGCUCAGUCUUCUGAGUCAUCGCUCUCUGCUCUGCAACUGAGCCCCAAAAAUCCCUCUCUUUCUCUCCCUGUCUCCUGUCUCUAAGCGACUUCUUGUUAGAUUCUUGCCUUAUUUACUAAAGCGAGUGGUGAGGCAAACUGAUGAUGCAAGUCACUGUCACUGUCUGAAUCAGUCUGGUUAUUUUGGGUUACUAUAGAUAGAUGGUGUGAUUGUGACAGAGGUCAUUGUGAGAUGGUAUGGUUGAUAAGCAGGAAUGCCAUGGAAAGACAGACAGGGGUUAUGGGUUUGUGGUAGUUAGUUACCAAAACCUAUUUUUUGCAUAUGGGCGUGUGUGCAUGCCCACUUCCCCUCGCCCAGUGUGUGUGUGUGCUAUGUGUGCGUUUGCGUGUGUGUGUGUGAAUAUACCUCUCCUGCCACUCUCACAAACAUUCCAUGCUGUACAUUCCCAGAAGAGCGCUGACAUUCCCGCUAAUAUUCUAAAGCCUAACUUGUCUAAUACCAGGAUAUGUGAGUGUGUGUCUGCAUUUGCAUGUGAUAUCUGUGUGUGUGUUUGUGCAGUGUGAAUUCCCCCCUGGCACCUCAGUGAGUUGAUGUGAUGUGGGAUGUUGAGCAGACUAGCUACGGUGCCAUACACAACAUGUACUGUACUGUCCUGGCAUCUGGUCCUGCUGGCUCCAUCCAUGGCUCUGCCUCGCAGAAACCUUUACAAUUCACCCUGGAGUUAACUUGUAAACUUGAAGUUGUACUAAAGUAGUAUUGUGUUGUUCCUCUCUGGUUCAGGUUGCUGCUGAAAGCGGGCAUCGACAUCAACAGGGCCACCAAGGCUGGCACUGCCCUGCACGAGGCUGCCCUCUACGGCAAGACGGAGGUGGUCAGACAGCUGCUAGAGGUAAGACACCUGGAGGGACAUCAACCUCACUUCAUUUAGUCUUUAACUAGUCUGAUUCAAUCACUAUUCUACCACAUUCAACUAACAGUUGGGAACAUAUUGUCCAGAGUAAGUGAAGUGUAUUAUUGAAUUGGCUAUACAGUACAGUAAAUUGCCGUUGACUGCAUUAGAGUUGAGAACAUUGUGUGUGUUGGUGUGUUUCAGUGCAUAUCUGAUUGACGAUAAUGUUGUGUGUGGUUUUGACAGGCUGGUAUAGACGUGAACAUCCGUAACACGUACAACCAGACAGCCCUGGACAUCGUGAACCAGUUCACCACCUCUCACGCCAGCAAGGACAUCAAGCAGCUCCUACGAGGUGAACAGAGCACCACUCACCACUGCAAUACACUGGGACAGGAGAUGGUUGUUAACAAAUGAAGACAUUAUUCCAUGAAGUAUCAUUCUUUGGCAGUCUUUACCUCUCAUUCUGUGUUUCACCUACUUUAUUGUCCUCUAACCAGGGCUGUACAGUGCGACCAUUUUACUCACAUAUGCGCCUAAAAUUAGAUGUGUGCAAACUGAAAAAGUCAAGUAUGAGCACAUGUGCGAGUUUUGAUUUAUAGCAUAAGAAUUGCUGCCGUAGCUCUUUUCAAAGUAUUUUGGCCGUUUUGUUUCAUAGCUGGUAUCUAAUCACACAAAGGACUAGGCUACGUAGAGUCCCAUAUAUCCAACCUGGCGCAGAAACAGGGCCUGGGGCACUGUGUGCACUGAGUGGUGCUGAAAGAUUCAUUUUUUGAAGCACACAGGCAUAGAAGUUGGUCGAAUUUACCCUAAAGGCUACUAAAUUGUGACUUUGUCCUUGUGUUUCUUGGCUAUGUAUAUAAUUUUGUUCUCACGCUAGGUUGUUUUACAAUGGUAGUUUGUUUGAGCUUGCUCAACUCAACUGCUAGUGAAGGGACAUCGGAGAAUCUCAUCUCUCACAGACAGACAUGCCAGUCUCACUGUUACCCUUAAAGGGGCAGCUGAAUAUUUUUGUCUCCCCUAAGUGACUCAAAUAUUUGAGGGUACAUUGUACUUGCUUAAGCAUGGAACACCACAAAAAUAUUUUAUUCAUGAACUUUUAGUCAUUUAUCAUAAAAACAUUCUCCUCAAAUACUGUUAAUUGUGCUCCUCCUAAUGUAUUUGUGUGUUUUUUUGUGUGAAAAGAAAAAGACAACCUCAUUAGGGCACGUGUGGAUGCUCCCUUGGAAACAAUGUCAGCAUAGAUUCCUGCUAGCGUAUUUCUUUCUUUGUUACUUUUGGCAGGGAACGGACCUCUGAGUUGCAGGACGAGUGUUAGAGGGUGUUGUCUGUGUGUACUGUUGUUGUUGGGGAGAGGAGGACCAGGGACUGAGACAGAGCCAGUGCAGACGCUCCUAUAGCGAGAGCGGCCCAGAGGAGAGACUGAGGGAUAUGAUAUGCUCUAAACUGUAAUUCACCAAGCAGCUGUGUUUAACAUCAGAGAGUACAGGUUACAUAACCCUAUCAGCUCCCACACACACACACACACACACACACACACACCCAAAAGACUAGGUGUGUGUGGGUGCGUGUGUGCGACCUAUGCGUUUGUGGUGCGCUGGGUAAGUGGCCACCUUGUGUACAUGCGAUUGGGCAGAGAGGGUGAGGGUUUUGGACUCUUGCUGUUCUGGGCUAUCUCAUCUGGGUAAGCCAGCAGGCCUGGCCUGGGUCUUUGAUCUGCUUCUAGCAGCCUGGGAACUCAGGCCAUAAUGAGCACUUGUGUUCCUCAGUCAGCAGCCUGCUGCUUCAAACAUGGAGGCCAUGGAGAGAGACUUCCUGUUAUGAUCCAGCUCUCUCUCUCCCUCUGUGUUCAGGGCAGAGUGAAUAACAGAUUAAUAGAACACAAUCAGCCACCACGCCUCCUCGUCAUGGAUUACUUAUUGAUGUGUACCAACCAGUCAGAGGCUGAAUACAGCACUGACUGACUCUGCUCUCUGACGUCACUGCAUUCCAUACCAGUGCCGGAUGUGACUGAUAAAAACAAAAGCAUGGGAUUGUAGCAGCUUUGGUAUAUUCCUUAAGGGAUGAAGGUUGAAGUGCUAUAAUAUCAAUAUCUCGAUCUUCAAAAUUCUCUGAAUUUUUCCAUUCUGAAAAAUAGGGAAGUAGUUGCAAAAGAGACAUGUAAAUCAAUAACUGAAAAAAUGAGGUCAAUGCCAAUAGAGUAAGAAAAACGAGAGGGACAAAGAGACGGAAACAAAAAGAAACCAAACAUGACAAAAUUUGCAAAAAAAGAAAAUACAAAAACUAGGGACCCAAAAGACAAAAACCGUCUGGUAAAAUUCUUUCCCACUCUAUCUAUUCACCCUACUGUCCCCCCUCUCUUUACCCCUCUCUCUGUCCCCCUCUAUCUCCACCCAAUCUUCUGUCCAGCCUCUGACCCCCACCUCCUACCCCACUCUCUCCCCCGCCGGUCCCGGAGAACACACCAACAACAAAACCAAAACAAACAUACCAAACCACAUUGCCGGGGUGCCCAAAUGGCAGGAAAAACAGGUGAAACUGGAAAGACAGAGAGGAAAAAGGGAGAUUAGAAGUCAGAGAAAAGAGGAGAGAAGAGAGAGAGGGAGUUAGGGGAAAGAGAGAAGAGGCAAAGAGAGAAGGGGGUAAACCCCCUUUUCCUUCCUUUUUCCCUUUCCCUAGCUCACACCCCCACCCGUCACAAUCCACCUAAAGGCCAACACUUUAGCUUUCAAACAAGAUGACGGGGGUGCAGGGAAGGUUGAAAGAACAGGGAAUGGAGAAACCAACAACCCAUGGGCAGAAAGGUCACUGGAGGAUCAGAACAACACAACCGCACAACACCUAGAAAGCAAACACACACCCAGCACAGCACAACAACCAACAAAAAAAUUCAAAGGAACAUACACAUACAUUACCAUACCAUCACACACAAAACAUCACUCCAAAAACUAUUUCUAUGUAAUCUAAUGGCUCAAUGGAUAAAUUUGUUCCAAUCUUUACCCAACGUCCCCAUGUGGGGAGGAGGCUUGUGUUUUCUUUUGUCGCCUUCUCUGACAUUUGUUUUUAGUUUAGGGAAAAGGCUUGUUUUAGGGGGGGUCAGGUUAGGGCCAAAUUGAGAUAUUUCAGAAAGGGGGUUUUUCCAUUUCCCCGCGGAUUUAAAAAAACAACCCAAAAAAAAAAAAAACCAAAAACACACAACCAAAAAAAAAAUUUUUAAAUAUUUAAAAAACCCCUACAUAACGGGGAAACAAAAAAACAACCAUUUCCCAAAAAUUUUUGUUAAUCCUUCAAGCUACUGGCAUCAGUGGGGAAAAAAUUUCCCCCCCCCAAGCCCUUUUUUCCCCCAAAAUUCCAAAAGGUCAUUUCUUUUUACCCUCUUUAAAAACCUUGUUCCCCACGCUCUCAACAUCCGGGCCGGGAGUCAUCUGGUGCCUGUCCCCUCAUCCACCCCCUACUAUCUCACACACAGAUGCUACAGGUGUCCUGCAGGUGAGAGCUCUGAAAGACUACUGGAACCUCCACGACCCCACCGCUCUCAACAUCCGGGCCGGGGAUGUCAUCAUGGUAGGCAGCAGGAUACACACACACACAUACACACACACACACACACACAACAACACACACACACACUCUCUGCCCCCAUGUUGUCUGUUAGGGCAGGUGUGUUUUCCCUGUGAACUGUCAGGCUCAUUCUCUCUAACAGGUGUUUUAGUAGUAAUGAGGGAGACAGGCUGGUGUUUAUGUACGGGUGGCUUCACGAGUAGUCAGUAGGCACAGUAUGUAGAUAUGUGUGGACUAGAGAAGGGAUUUUCAGCUGUUCCAUGUAGUUGAGCUAUUCCACAGCUAGCACACCUGAUUCAACAUGUCAACUAAUCACCAAGCCCUUGAAUAGGUGAAUCCGGUAAACUAGUUCAGGGCUACAACUAAAUUGUGAAACGUCUGUGGGUCCCAGAGGAUAGGUUUGAAAACCACUGGACUAUAGGACAGUAAACAAACAAACAACCCAUGUGUCCAUUAAUAGGUCUACUUGAUGUGAUCAACUUACAACCAGUCAUACUGUAGCACAUACAGUCGCUAGUGAACGUCUACACACCCCUUGCACAGUCUUCACAUUUUGCUGCCUUAAAAUGUAAUCUCAAAAGGGAAUACAUAUCAUUUUUUCCCUACCGAUCUACACAACCUACUCCACGUUCCCAAAGUUAAAGACAAAUUAUAUUAUUUAAAAAUAAAUAAAAAUAAAAAAAAAUGUCUUGAUUGUGUGUCUUUACACCCCAGAGUUAAUACCUCAUUGUAAAGCAGCAAAAUGUGAAGACUGUGACAGGGUGUAAAGUAUCACUGUACUGCACCUGAUGUGUGAUCUAUCAAUUAAAGGUCCCGUAGGUCCUUAGGGGUAUGGCGUACAACAGGUGAACUUCACUACCCAUAUUCCUGAGGGGGAACUAGUUUAUAAGGAGAGAGUACAGUGAGCCCCUAUAUCUGAAGGAUGGAUCUCUUUGAGCCCAGAGAGAGAGAGACGGGUAGGGACAGGCCCUGGUAUUCAUCUAUCACUUCCUUUCAGCAAUGACUUAACUAAUACUGUCACACACUCAUGGCUGUCUCUCACGAACCCUGGCCUGUUUUUCUUCUUGGGAGUGUGUCGGUCUAUUCUGCUGCAGUGGAGUGUGAGGUUGCUUCAGUACCAGAGAGGGACGAUUUACAAAACCUGCCCUCAGGUCAUCCACCUCACCCAUCAACAAGCCUUUCUCAGGGCACACUCAGUCGCCACAUUAGAACCACCUCAGGUCACACCCAUUCCACAGCCCUGCCGCCAAACCCUCCACACACAGUAAUGUUAGAUACUGGGCAAAAGGUUAUCUGACGUCUUAGUAGGGACUGGUGCCGAACUAAAGCGCAAAACUCACCAGAAGCGGUCGGGCAGAGCGAGGCGGGUGAAGAGGACAGGGACAGGCUGAUAGCGAUGUUGUGUUACAUAAGUGGAUUCAUUGGUCUAAUUUAGCAUGUAUGGUAAAGCCUCAGAUCUUAGCUACCUCAUCCAAUUAGCAAAAAAAAAAGUUUAUAAUUACCCAAAAAAUAUUAUUUAGUGUUAUUACAACACCAGCGAUAAAAAGCAAAAAUAGAGACACGUUCUAAUUGAGCGAGGCGUCAAAGUGGACAGCACGCCCGCCAGGCUUCGCUUGGGUUAUUAUCAUUGAAAACAAUGCAUUCUAAAAUAAAUCGCAUGCGUGCCUUGAGCGAGUUUAGGCCUUUAGAAAAAGAUGUGUUGCCAACUUGAGCGGGUCAAUGAAUAUCGAAGUAUUUUUCUAUAGCUGCCAAUCUGGCCCAUUCAGUACAUGCUAUUUCCCCCUCUACCCACAACUUUUACCAGACACACAACCCAACACCCCUCUUCUUCCUUCAUACCCUCAGCCCCUUAACCCUAAUGUCCCUGGCUUGUAUCCUCUGACUAAGGCUGCUAAAUUAGGGAGCAGAGACUAUGGUCUUGGUAUUAGCAGCUCAUGUGGACAAAUGGAACAUGAUCAGAAACACAUGACUACUGUCAUCAUCUAUUCAUGUGCUUGACCUUUUGGUUCUCUCUUUGGUUUGUUAUUGUGUGUCCAUGUACUACAGUUGAUCUCAGGGCUGCUUUUGUAUCACCCUCCCAAUUUAUGUAAAGCGUCUUUGACAUUCUGAAAACCAACCAUACAGAGACAUAGAUACACAGAUUAAGUUGUUAACAUACAGAAUGUGUUUCAAGUUGGAACAUGUACUUUCUGUCAAUGUCCCCGAUCUGCACACUCCUUUACACACGUUCAUAAACAGUGGAAAUAACACCACGGUCUCACAGACCUCCUACCUGCCUCAAUAUGGAGAGACACAGGGUAGUAAUAGCCAUCUGAUUGGUUUAGACCUGUCUUAAUGUUUUUGAUUGGCUGCCUGGCAGGUCCUAGAGCAGCACAUGGACGGGCGCUGGAAAGGGCACAUCCACGACAGCCAGAGGGGCACCGACCGGGUGGGCUACUUCCCCCCGAACAUUGUAGAGGUCAUCAGCAGACGCUCAGGUCAGUCACACACACAGUGUAAUCAUUAGCUAUUCCCCCCUCCCAUCUGAAAGCAAUGGGCAAAGAGAGAGAGCCCUCUGACAUUUGCCUCUUUCAUUGCGUAACCGUGGCACCCACAGCAAAUGGAGGAUUCGUAGCUUGUUGAGUCAGCAUCCGGCAUGUCGGAACAUCUACACACAGACACACUCACACACUCAUUAACUCACUCAUCUCCCAGACAUGUCAGCACACUCACAAUGCAGGAUUAAGUUAGAGAUGGAACUGGAAAUGGCUUGGAACUGCAGGAGUCAUCUGCUAUUGUACAUGAUGUAAAAACUCCCAACCUUACCCACGCAGUCUACCUCUAAUACCGGUUAGAUUAACAGAAGGUGUCAGUUACCUACCUAACACCACAGAAGAAGAGAAUCCGCCCCACACCACCUCUUUGAUGUGCACUAGAGGGAGAAAUCCCUGACUGAAUAGGUUGGGGUGGUGACACUCAUGGAGCAGCUUUGACAGAACAAGGAGCAGCUCUGCACUGCAGUCAGAUGAAAAUGACUCUCAUGUUUCUGUCUUCUCUGCAAAUCUGUCACCACAACAAAAGAUCAGGGGAACGGGAGACCCAUCUUAAAUUCUCCCUCUGCACCUACUGUACCUUCAGAAAGUAUUCACACCCCUUGACUUUUUCCACAUUUUGUUGUGUUACAGCCUGAAUAAAAAAAAGGUACAUUGAAAUGUGUGUCAUUGAUCUACCAGCAAUACCCCAAUGUCAAAAUGGAGAUUUGUUUUAGAAUGUUUCACAAAUUAAUGGAAAAUGAAAAGCAAAUGAUUCAACCCCUUUUAUAUGCACCUAAAUAAGUCAGAGAAAAAGUGCUUAACAAGUCACAUAUAAGUUGAAUGGACUCAAUCUGUAUGUAAUAAUAGUUUUGAACAUUAUCGUAGGUCCUCAUUAAGAGUCAACUUCACAGCACAGAUUCAACCGCAAAGAUCAGGAGGUUUUCCUGUGCCUCCAAAGCAAGGGCACAUUAGUAGAUGGUAAAAAAAAAAACGCGAUUGAGGACCUAGUUACAGUUUGACUUAAGUUGGCUCAUGAGCGUCUUGGACAAGGUAGAAAGUGCUGUCUAGCAAUGACAAAACCACUUUGACAGAGCUGAAGAUGACUCUAGUCCUAAAGAUUUGUUAAAGUGAUUCAAAUGUAUGACACUGUAGUGAAUUUUAUAGUAGAUGAGGUCUGAGAAAAAAAUCUAUAGAUGGAACAUUUUUGAAUCCAGGUUGUAACACAACAAAAUGUGGAAUAAGUCAAGGGGUAUGAAUACUUCCUGAAGGAACUGUAUCUCCCUUGGCUCAAGUGUAUAUUGUGUGUAAUAUUGUGUUUAAUGUAUCUCUCACAGUCAUCAAUAAAUAAAGCCCCAUCCCCCCCUCCCCCAACACACACACACACACACACUGAUUGGUUGUAUCGCUACACAUCAUCACUGCAUUGGAAGAGCAGUGGUGGCCCCUCUUCAUUACAGGUUGGCCCCUCCAGAGAACACUCCAUUUCCCAGACUGCCUUGGUUGGACUAAUCCCUAAUGCUUCCAAUCCAUCCCUUGCUCCUAUUUGUCUCUCUUCCCCCUCCUCUUCCUCCAGCAUCUCUCCAUCCAUACCAUGUAAUGUCCACCUCUAACCAUCAGCUUGCAUUAACCUCCUUUCUGUCUGUGUGUCCUACCUGUUUGACCCUGUAGGGGGCACCCUGUCCCGGCACGCCUCUCUGCCCACCCAGCGCCAGCAGCUCCUCUCCAGAGCCCCCCUCUCCUCCAGCCUGAGCUCAGCCCCCCAGAUCGACGACUCCUACACACUGUACACCCCCAACAACCCCCACCUGGCCCUCCCCCACGCCAACGGCCUCAGCGCCAACCCAGGUAUACACACACACACCCUUAUACAUGCACUCAGAGGUAACAGACGCACAUCGAAACAGGUAUACGGUACUCAGCCCCCUAACCAGCCAGACAACUCCUCCACCACUGUGAACCGUGGUGAGGGCACAAGGACACCUAUGUUCGCCCCUUCUAAACCCGUCUCAUGCCCAGGCCCAGCCAAUCCCCAGUGCUGCUCUGUGGACCAUGGUACCCCCAUGGCCCCAACAGAGUGUUGUUAUGUCUGAUAGGUCGGCCUUCCCAGCAACCUCUCUCAGCCUGGUUGUCCCCUGGAGGACAUCUGGGUGCUCAGGAACUCACACACCGCGGGUAAGAGUCCCUCCACUGUCCCUCCACUGUUCCCCAAUGACAAUAGCUGGCUGUCUCUGCCCCCUGUCCCCACGCUCUACCUUUGUCAUGUGCCAGCUUCAAACUGAGCUUCCCAUAGCUCCUGCUGUUCUCCCUGCUGCCACAAGAUGGGACCACCACCAGGAAGCCCCUGUUCCAGUAACCAAAAAAAGUUGACAAUCUCGACAUUCUACAGAACACUGCAAGCUUAAUGGGUGCUCUGUGUACUCAGUGUCACUAGCUGUAGGAAUUUUCCAUUGUGGAUGACCUUCAUCUGGACUGUAGUUGUAGUUUACCCCUGUAGUUCUGUAGUUCUGUACCCUUGGCUGUUGUUGCUCUAUGCCUGCAGCUCCGCUCCGCUCCACUCCACCAUGCAACCAUCUCCCUUGGCUUUGUAUGGCAGCAAAGGACUUCCUGCCCUGGCCUGUGCCCCCCCUUGAUCUAUGAUGACUUGGCUGGCUCAGUGACACAGUCCACAGCCCCAACCUCUGCCAUCCUCUGCCAGCUUCAGUUAGAAUCAUGUGGAUGUCUGUGUGACUGUGUUGACGUGAGGUCUGGAAGGACACAGAGGGGAGGUACCUCAUUUUGCUGUCCAGCCACCACGGUUGUCUUUAACAUCACCUCACUUCUCUCUCUCUUUCUCUUCUCCCUCUCUCCAUCCUCCUCUCCUGUGGUCCUAUCUAGCAGGUGACAGGAACAGUGUAGGGAGUACAGGCAGUGUGGGCAGCACCCGUAGUGCUGGGAGUGGACAGAGCACAGAGAGCAACAACAACACUGCCCCCAACGGACUACACCACCAGACCACUGCACUCCCAGACACAGCCAAGGUACUGGACCAAUUAUUAUUUCAGGUUUGUUUAUCCAGUCAACAGAUUGUUUAUUCCUGUGCUCUCUGUAACUUGUCUUGCACUCUGUUUUGAUGUGCAGCCAGCACCCUCUGCUGGUGACUCAGGGCAACCAGUCCUCAAUAAACAGCCUGACCUGACUGCAGGUAGGAAUACUAGCGCUUUCUCUCAUUACUGUUGCAUACCACAACAUUUCUCCUGAAACUUUUGUGCUUAUUGUUAGAAAACCUCCUAAACACCAUUCAUCUAAUUCUCCAUUGUGUGUUUUCCUGUGUAGUGGUUCUGGGUGCUCCUCGGAGGCCGAUGGUGAACAUACAGAGACCAGGGGAGCAGCAGUUUGUCUCCCCACAGUUUAUACGUCCUCAGCAGCUACUGGAGGGCAAGGUGAGACUCAGACACAGGACAGGACAGACAGAGGACAUAAACAGGACAGACACAGGACAGGACAGUCUAUUCUUUGUGUUUGUCACACAUUACAACUCAUGAUUGUCUUUGUAUGCUACAAUGAAAUAAAUGUAGCUAUUAAAAGAAAGGAGGACAGUGAAUAGGCCAGUGAUUGAUGUCAAUGUGAUACUCAACCCCUCCCCUCUGUGGUGUAGGAUGGAGAGGCCAUCUACCAGUGGCUGAGUGACUUCCAGCUGGAGCAGUACACCGGGAACUUCAUCACGGCCGGCUACGACGUCCCCACCAUCAGCAGGAUGACCCCAGAGGACCUGACGGCCAUCGGCGUCACCAAGCCAGGCCACCGCAAGAAGAUCUCUAUCGAGAUAGGAAACCUCAGCAUCCCUGAGUGGCUGCCUGAAUACAUCCCGGUAAGGUCUUACUGUAUGCCUGUGUCUGUCUGUCUGUCUGUCAGCUUUUGUGUGCAAGUCAGGUUUUACAUUACUUUCAUAAAGGUUUCAACUGUGUAGGUCUGACUGUGACUCUUCUCCCUCCCCCCUACUCCAGGCAGACCUGGGGGAGUGGCUGAGUACCAUAGGCCUGCCUCAGUACCAAAGGAAGCUGUCAGAGAACGGCUAUGACUCCAUCAGCAUCGUACGGGACCUGACCUGGGAGGACCUGCAGGAGAUAGGCAUCACCAAGCUGGGCCACCAGAAGAAGAUGAUGCUGGCUGUGAAGAAGCUGUGUGACAUCCAGAGGGCCAUCCUGGCUGCAGAAUCUGGCCAGGGCACGUUGCGCCGCAAGCCCCCUGGAGCCCUUCACCUGGUCACCAUCGAGCCCCCCGACAGUGCCUCCGACUGCCACUCGCCCCACACCCCCAAGAUGCUGACCUUCCAGGACAGCGAGCUGAGCGCUGAGCUGCAGACAGCCAUGUCCAGCCACUACCAGGAGGGCCUGGCCAUCAAGAGUGCCAUGGGCAUGUCUCGGAGCCAAGAGAGCAUCGACGCCCGGUCCAGGGGCUCAGGGCGCUCCCAGGACCCACCCACGGCCUCCAUCACUCCCCACAGCCGCUCACAGGAGAGCCUAGGCAGCAGCAGCACCUCCACCAGUCCUCAGUGCUGACAGCAGCCCUGCCAAGGAGAGGAACAUUCCAGAGGGCUGGGACCAGAGGUCCAUACUGCAGCAGCAGCUGCCCAAGCAGGUCCCCCUGGGGGCAGCCACUGUGUUCAAGUACCCAGCCAUCCCAGCCAAGCCUAAAGGCCCUGGGUCUCACUCCCUAGGCUCCUCUCCCCAGGGCUCCCCAGCCCAGAGGGGCUUCAGCUACCUCCACUCCCACUGUGGCAGCACCGACCUGGGCCAUGGCUCGCCCACCAAGCCCUUGGCACACACCUACCACGCCAUGACCCUGGCCCCGCCUAAGAAGCGCAGCCAGAGCCUGACACGCUACGCCCUGUCAGACGGCGAACCAGACGAAGAGGAUGACGACCUGGCUCCGCCCUCUGGCACCCUAGCGUCCUACGCCACCCUUGACCCGCCGGCCUGGACGCAGCCAGCUGGCACGCAUGCAGACCACAUCCGAAAAGUACGGCACCGUGGGACGCAGCCAGUCCUUCGCCGUGCGCGCUCGUAAAAAGGGACCCCCUCCGGCCCCGCCCAAGAGACUGAGCUCGGUGAGCAGCAGCCCCAGCAUGGGGUCCACUGAGAAUGUGGCGCCCUCUCCUGGGGGGGUGGAGACAGACAGCCCAGGGAGCGUGAGGAGCAUCGCAGCCUGUCUGGAGGCCUCCACUGAGGGGAAGAGCCUGCCUAGGCCCAGGCUGGACCUCCUCCAACCAGAGCCUCCCCUCCCCAGCCUCACCCCCUCAGGACUGGAGCCCAGAGAGGCCUCCGCAGGGGUGAGGAGGAGGGUGCAGAGUGAAUGUGUUCCAGCCCAGACCGAUAUCCCAGACCAUUACCCAGACACAGAGCGAGGGGUGAAGUCAGACACUGAGGAGGAGGAGCCUAAGGCACCGGGGUUGGAUGGCUCCUCAUCCCCUCACAAUAGCUCCAGCGAGUGCAUCCCCUUCGCCGAGGAGGGCAACCUCACCAUCAAGCAGAGGCCCAAGGUGGGAGGGCCCAGGGCCGAGAGCAAUGUGGAGAUCCCGGCAGACAAGAACCAGUCCCACCAAGACAGCCCUGGAGGUGCCUGAGUUUAACCUGAAGGAGUCAGACACUGUGAAGCGGAGACACAAGCCUAAAGACCAUGCUGGCAGCUCUCCCACCAGUGACAGUGAGUGCCAGAUAGGGUCAGACUCCAGUCCAGGCAGCAGGCCCCAGUCCCAGAGCUGUGAGGAGGUGAGUCUGGUCAGUCUGAGGAUCAGUGAGGCCAGUCUGGACGGGCUGGAGAACCUAGCAGGGACAGGGACAGGGACAGGGACAGGGACACCCCUCAAACCCCCCGUCUCCCCCAAGCCUCACAGCUCCCACGGACCCCCCGUCACCGCCCCCAAACCGUCCCGACACAGUCUGGCUGCUGCUACAGGUAAUGUAUUACACAUGUAAGCUCCUUAUUAUAUUGUCAUUUUGUUUAGGCUUUUAUCAUACAUUCUGAGUUUCUGCUUUUGCUUCCUGUCUAACAGCCAUAGUGCCGCCCACUGUGACUGUCAACAUGGUACAGAGUCUGGCCUUCUCAGCCCCACCAUCACCCACACCCAGCCGGUGUCCCCCAGCCCCAGGGCCUCAGAGCCAGGCAGCUCAGACAGGCAAGCCCCAGGUCUGUGUGGUCGGCCCAGGCCCAGGGGUAGAGUCUGGCCCGGAGGUAGUGGUGGUGCAGCAGCAGAGGCUGGAGCAGACCAGCACCUCCCUGGAGGCAGCACUGAAGGCUGUGGAGCGAAAACUCACCGAGGAGGACAGCGCUGACUGGUAAGAGAACACGAUAAACACCUCACCAUUUCCAGUAUGUACAGGCCAUAUACACUGUACUGUUUGUUAUGUGAACUGAAGAAGCAUUCAUACAACAUUGUAUCUGUCCCAUUAUGGCGUCUGUGAGAGCAUGGGCAGCUCCAUUGAGGCCAUCUCCAUUUUGAAGUAGUCAACUUCUAUGAGUUGGUAAACAAACUGAAAAUGUGCAUACUGCCACCUGGAGUGUGUUGUUUGAACAGGUAUAAAGCCAAGGUUGGCGAUUUACUGCCACCUGCCGUUAUGGAAUGUUUGCUCACGAGUAUAAUUCAUUGGCUGAUCCCUCCUGUUGACCUGGAUGGAAUUAUGUGAUCCUUCCUUAACCCAUAGUUGACUACUUCAAAAUGGUGAAAGUCCUCAGUGGCGCGCUGCCCAUGAUAAAACAGCCUUUUGAGCACUAGAGUCCUCUAUCUAUCUUUACUAAACCCUGCUUCUUUUUCCACCUCUCCUGACAGUGGGGCUAACACAGUGAAGUCAGCGGGCAACAUUCUGGAUGACAUUGGCAACAUGUUUGAUGACCUUGCUGACCAGCUGGAUGCAAUGCUGGACUAAGCCCACUAUCCACCCCACUGACCAGCCCCCUGACCCUUGACCCUUCACCUCAGGAAGUACUAAUGACCGUGAGAGGGAGGAUGGAGCAGGUCACCCCAGCUCAGUGUUACCCCCAACCCCCACACCCCUAAAACUACAGACCAACCCCCACCACCAGACUAACAGAAAACAUAUGGGACUACAUUGUAGGAUGUGCCAUGGAGUGGGAUGGUUUUAAUGAACAGUCAUGCAAAAGUGUGGAUCCAUCUCCCUCCUCCCUCCUCCCUGCCUCCAUGUUGCCACUUCCUCUCCUUUCAACACCAGCACUUAACUCUGCUCUACAGUGCUUUGCUAUAAGUCACAACAACCCUGUUGGUUUCAACACAGGGCCUCUGACUGACUGACUGACUGUAGGGACAUGAGGGGUGGACAACAUACUGUACCAGUACACCAUUGUAUUGGAUCGUUUCAUAUAACAUGAGUUAAACUGUAUUGUCCUUUUUAUUCUACCCAUCAUCCUCCAUUUCUUCAUCUUGUUGGUGUGCCUUUCCUCCCCGCCUUUCUCAAACAGGAUCCAUCUCUGUGUGAAGUCAUUGUUUGGCCACUGUAGCAGCAGAGAGAGAGAGACAAUGGGGAGAAGUGGAAUGUUUUUAUACUGGCCUAUAGAGAGGAACCAUUCCUAGACAGAAUAUUACCAUACAAUACCAUUUGUAUUAGACGCUGUAUCUGUCAUUUGACCUUUGUAUUUUGCUAUGUCUGACCAUUUCAAUUUGACCUUGUUGAUAUUUUCAAUACUCUUGUAUUUUAUCAAUUUUAUACCAAGUGAUGUUGACCACAAUGAAACUGUGUUUGUGUCUUCCGCAAGGCAUGGUGCCAGUACGUUUGUACUGUUAAAACAGUCAUUAUUUAGUAAUACAGAAUGAUUAGAUGCUAUGUUAUUUCUGGUUUUAUGAAGCUAUGUAAAACAUGUGCUCGAUGAUAUUGUUUAUACAAAAGGGAAGAAGACCUUUGCUUUUCAAAGCAUAUUUAGCGAUCGUCACUGUCAACACUGUCAAUAUAAGGAGUUAUAAGUGCUUUGUACAGCCGAGGGAUGACAUGCAAGAUAUCAAUAAUGUACACUAUUUUUGGAGAAAGAAAAAAAAACAUUUUAAAUGUAGAUUAGUCCAACUAGUAUUUAAAUUAGAGUAUCUAAAUAUGUAUAUUGUAUACUUAUAGGUAUAUCUGGGAGCAGAAUCAUUUUCAACCAAAGUUCUUUGUAUAGAUUUUCCUUAAAUAUUUUCAAGAUUUCCAUAAAAUAUUUCCUUAAAAUGCAGAACCAUGGUUAAGGGAUUCUGGUCUUCCUUAUUGUAACAUGAAUGAAAUGAAAUAAUUAUCUACAUGGUUAUCAAAAACUGUAUAAUACUUUUUGCUCUGCCUCUGUACUGUACAUUUUUGUGUCGUUUCAGUGUGAAUGUGAUCCCUGGCUGUAACCUGUCGUUCUCAGGAAUGUCCCACCUGUUUCCGUUCAAGCUGCUCUCACAU